GCCGCGCCUUCGUAUGAGCUGUGUGCCGCUCUCGGCUCCCCGCACCCCGCGCCCCGCGCUCGUCUCGCCCGCAUUCUAGUCGUGGGUGUCGCGCCGUGCAGUCCUCGCGUGUGCCGCCGAGCUCAGUGCGCCGUUUGUGAGUGCUUUAAUUCCCGCCGAGUGUCAGUGCGACCGAGGAACUGUCAGCCCAUCGCGGAGGAUGUUAACAGCGCACGAUAGCAGCUGUUGACGUCUACAGUAGCAGCCCGCUAGCCGGCCACGUGUCACUCGCCCCGCUCCCUACAACCCCUUCAAGAUUGCUGCCACCAUGGGUCGGAAGAAAAUACAAAUAUCCCGGAUCACAGACGAACGGAAUCGGCAGGUUACGUUCAACAAGCGCAAAUUCGGCGUGAUGAAGAAAGCGUACGAACUGAGCGUGUUGUGCGACUGUGAAAUUGCUCUCAUCAUUUUCAGCUCAAACAACAAACUCUACCAGUAUGCCAGCACUGAUAUGGACAAGGUUCUUCUCAAGUACACGGAAUACAACGAGCCACACGAGUCGCUUACCAACCGCAACAUCAUCGAGGCACUCACGAAGAAAGAGCAUAAGAACGGAGUGAUGUCACCGGACAGCCCGGAAGCCGAGCCCGAGUACAACCUGACGCCACGCACCGAAGCUAAAUACACGAAGAUCGACGAAGAGUUCCAAAUGAUGAUGCAAAGGAACCAACUGAACGGCAGCCGAGUGGGCGUAGGCGUGACGGGUGCCAACUACAACCUACCCGUGAGCGUGCCAGUAGGAAGCUACGACCAGUCCAUGCUGCAGGCCAGCCCUCAAAUGCACACCUCUAUCAGUCCACGGCCAUCUUCUUCGGAAACCGAUUCUGUAUACCCUAGCGGAGGAAUGUUGGAGAUGUCGAACGGCUACCCGGGAUCUGCGUCUCCAUUAGGCGCGGCGUGCACGCCCUCGCCGUCCCCGGGGCCGGCGCCCUCGCCUCACCGGCACGCGCACAAGCAGCACCACGCGCCGCACCACUCGCCGCGACAUAACAACCUGCGCGUCGUCAUACCAGGCACCAUGCCACCGCCGCAGGACGACAUAUCCUACACCGGAGAGACACCACUCAGCUACUCAGGACUCGGCAAUUUCGGACCACAGGACUUCAGCAUGACCUCGGACAUGGGAAUCGGACUAUCUUGGGGAGCGCACCAGUUGCAGACACUACAGCACAACAGGUACAUUUUGCCGGUACUGGGAGGCGGGGGGACACCGCCGCCCGCGCCGUCGCCUAGCAACGUGAAGAUCAAAGCGGAGCCGGUGUCACCGCCGCGAGCGCCCGACCACCUGCACCGCGCGCCGCUCGCACCCGCGCCCGCGCCGCAGCCCGCGCAUCUCUCUGGAGUCAUCGAUGAUAUAUUCAUUUCAGGUUCAGUAACGUCAAGCAACAUGGGCUCGCCGGCCGGGCAGGACAUGCGGCACGCGAACACCGUGCCGCUGGACUACGAGCAGCCGCACACGAAGCGGCAGCGGAUCGAGGGGUGGGCCACAUAGCUAGGCUGCGAGGCCUUCGGCCCCUGCCCGAGGCCCCUGCACCCGCACUGCUGAACCCCCAGCCCCGGUACCGUCCUGCCGUCCUACGUUCUAUAUCACAACCCACACCGGCUCUUUCCCUCGGUGCUGAAUUCAAAAUAUAUCAGUGCUAAACUAUCUAAAGUCUGACAUGGUAAGGUGCAUCUCAAUUGAAGGUGCUCAAAAUUGAUGGCACGGUACGCGUAUUGGACAUUACAUUUCAAAAGCUCCGUCGGAAAGGAGCUGAUGCUAAAUAUUUCCUUUCAUAGAAUGAGUCGAUGACAGCAGAACAAAUGCUUACCCCUUCUUUAAUACGUAAUUACUAUAUUUGCACGUGCAAGUACACUAAAGAGUAAGGUUAAAUGUUAAAUUUAAGUACAAUGUUACAGAUAAAUGCAAACUUCUUGAACAACUUUUUUGUAAUAAUUUAAACGUACAUAAGGUAUACAUAGGUCGCUGUAUCCCAUGUAAAUAGAAAACAUUAUAUGUACAAUCCGUGCCAUUGUCUGUUUAGCUUAAAAUUUAGUCAAUUUAAAAUUAGUAAUAGUAAGUGAAGACAAACGUUGAGGUUCAAAUGAGGGAACUGUCUGUGAGCAGCCGAGUGACGUAGUGCGACGUGGCGACGUAGUCCGAGGUAGUGCGUCGUGGCGACGUAGUCCGAGGUAGUGCGACACGGCGACGUAGUGCGACGUGGCGACGUAGUGCGUAGCAAAGACAACAGUGUGCAAGUGCGUGACAGACUACAAAACGAAUGUUGACAUUUGUGUUAGUGUUUUAAAAGUUUUUUUGUGCCAUUUUAAAAAUAUAAUUAUAGUGUGACAUCCGAACUUUGAAUCUUUGUAAAUUAAGUAAGCGUAGUCAUCACUGAAGAUAAUAAGUUAUAUGUAUUGGAAAUUGUAUGUAUUGACAUAUUUAUACAUGAGAACAUAAUAAUAUUUACAUAAUAUGUAUACACGUCCCGUUAGGAACGAAUGUUAUGUAAUAUAAGUAGAUAAUGUUAGCUAGACUCGAUAUGAAGGUACCACACGAAGCUUUAAAAUUCUUAUGAUUACACUCGCACUCUACGCAGUCUCGUAAGCGAACAAACACCGUUUACAUUGUAUGGAAACUAGAGCCCUGCAACUUACCUCUCCUCUCUCGCUCAAACACUACUCACUAAUAUGUCUAUACACAGAACUUGAUAAACCUAACGAAGGUGCGGGAAACUCAUUGUCAGACCAAAAAAAAAAUCAAAGUCAAUUUUGAAUAUCAUAAAUUGUAAAAGCGUACUUGUAAAGUACAUAUGUAAGUAUUUAUGUAUCUAUUUAGUGGCUGUCGGUUGCUAAAUGAAAAGUUAAAGCUUGUUAGAAUGAUAUUUUGUUAAUGUGAUCUGAAGCUGUAACGAUUCUAUUUAACUCGUAAGAGAAUAUAUCCAUCUAAUUAUAUAAAAUAGCUUUACAGAUACACAAAAGAAAUAUAUUUAUCACAUGAAAAAAUAACCUAUUUUGGUACAGCACUAUAAAAUCACGUCCGCCCUAUUUUUAGAUAUUAUGUAAACACUGUAUAAUACAAUAAAUUUAGUAUAUAAAUAUAUAAACAGCUUAUGUAUAAAUAUUUAUCAUUGUUUUUAUAUCAUUGUUUGCAUCAUUAUUGAUGUCGCUUGAACCUGUUCUCCUUUUCCUAUAAAAAUCAUCUCGGAAUUAAAAAAAUAAAUGUUUUUAAAAUAAUGAAUCAUCCUGUGAUGGAUUUUGUUUUUUGUUAUCAUUGAUCCCUUGUAAUCUGUUCACUGUAGUUGCCUUAUUCACUGUGCCUAAUGUGACCAUUUUAUACGAUGUUUGUAUUUAUAUAUUGCUUGAAUCUUCAUAAUAACAGAUAAUUUUAAAUGUACAAUGUUAUUGUUAUCACCUAAUUGGUGUCAUUAUUGAUGUAUGAAGUACCAUUGUCUUCAUGAUUUUGUUAUACAAAUAUAUUGUUAGUACGGACAUAAAUUUGUCAUUGUAAAUAUUUAUAAUAUAAAAUAACACGUGUAUACAUGAAUUAGAGGAAUACUUCACAUCACAGUAACAAAAUUUUAAUAUGUAUUAGUUAAAUGUACAGGGAUGUAACCAGUUUUGAUGUUCAAAAGUCUGAACGAUUAUAAAAAUGUAUUUUUCGCAUUGUAAAAUAUACACGACUAGUUUAUAAAGUUGAAAUAUUUUAAUACUUGUACGUAAUCAAUGUUGUCCCCAACUACGGGAUUUAUAUAAAAUUGGUGUACUUUAAAUGUUAGUAUUAUAUUGUUGAUGUGAUAACACACUGUUAUGAUUCUUGUAAAGAAAUUCUAAAAUACAGUUUACUCCGUUUCGGUUAUCCGUUCCUAGUAGUUUGUUGCCGUAGAAUUCCACUGUGUUGAUAUUUUUUGACAAAACAAAAACAUACAUGCACUAAUAGAAUUACGACAGUGAAAUUCUACGGUUACAGAAUUGAUUUUGCAUUCUAGAAAAUUGCUCAAACGUUAAGUUUUGGUCGUAUGAAAUUGUUUGGAAAUGAUCCUUGAAUUUUUUCUUGUCCUUAGUAGCUUGUUUCAAAAGUUACCUGUCUAUCAAAGAUUCUGAUACUCUGAUCAAAUUGUUAAAUGUAAAAAACUGGUGUUAAUACAUUUACUUAGAAAUAAUAUCUAUUUAAAGAUGAGUUUAUUUACAAUAAAUGUAGCUCGUCUUAAUCGAAAUACUUGAAUUCACAUAUGAGACAAAGCGUCAUUGACCGCAUUGUUGAAGCACAUGUACUAAAAUGUUGUCAUCUCUCUUACUCUCUUUUAUAAAACAGAGAUAACUAUAUGUUUGUAUUAGUGUUUCGUCAGUGUCAACUCGAUGAUGUUAGCUAGUUUGUCGACUGCACAUAAUAUAUUUUAACUUCUUGUAUAAAAUAUUUGAUCAGUAAGCUGGUAUUGGGAGCAUAAUUUCCGAGGUUGUGAGCUUUGCUAUCGGGAAUGAUUUCACAUUUAAUUAAUUAUUAAUAUUUAAUUAUUCAUUUGGACGCACAACCGUGUUGUGUGUUAUUGUAAAAAGCGUUUGAUCGUUUUGUUUUUUAGUAUUACCUACAUUUGUGCAUGUUUACCUUGACGCUGUGUACCAAUAGCAAAGGGCUAUACACCUUCCGUUCAGCUUAUAGAAUUAUAAAUUUGUUGCAUUUAAUAAAAGAUAGUAAUAAGUGUAUAUUGUUUGACAUCGCUUGAGAUAUUGCGCGGUAGUUUGAAGCCACGCCUGACCCGUCUCUUGCUAUUGCUCCACAGCCUUCCUUAUGUACGACCCUAAUAGAUUUUAGAUAUAUCUAUGAAUACAUAUCCUUUAUGAAUACUCAAGUCGAUUUCACAGUUGUUCGUUUUGUAACAUCAGUCGUGCAAUACGUAAUGUAACAAAUGCUUAGGUAGGUAUUAGGUAUAUUUUCGUUUGAAUUUACAACAAAUCGAAAUCUUGUUGUAUUUUAUCGAUAUUUUUACUGUUAGUGUCGAGACGGCUGCGAUUUUUCGGAGCCGUCUCAUGGGAAUUUAAGUCAUAUUGCAUAAUUAUUUUGUAAGUGUGAGGCCGGGCCAAAUAUUGCAUUACGUAAGGUCGGUUAUUGUGUGCGGCGUGUCAGCCAGCCAGCCGACUCUGCCCUGUAUAAAGUAUGAAUUGUGAACAUCGACAACAUCUCAGUGGUUUGAUGGAUUGGUAUUUUAAUGUUAAUGGACAGUGUUAGAAAAUUGUUAUAAAUUAUUUUGAUGACUGUUCGAACGAUAAUAAAGAGUUGGAUGUCAAAAUUGUAUGUCAUU